AUGGAGACGAAGCCCAAGCGUGCAAAAACUGAAGCAGCAAAUUCGACUGAUGCUCUUUCAUUUGUCUCAGACAUUUGUGGCACACUCAAGAAGCUGAAGAGGACUGGCUGGGUCAUGAGAAAGGUGCCUUUGCCUGAAAGCGAUUCGGAUCAUAUGCAUCGUUGCGCCAUGUGUGCCAUGCUCCUUACCCAGCCGCCUGACCCUCGCGACGACUACUCUGGCGCUGAACGCUUUCAUCCAGACAAGGUGGACAAAGUGCGGCUGCUGCGGAUGACAGUGACUCAUGACCUUUGUGAGGCCCUUGCAGGUGACAUCACGCCAUACUGCAAUGCAGAUCUGGUGGCAUCUAAGCACCAGAAGGAGGAUCAGGCUAUGCAAGCGAUUCGCAAAGUUGUUGGAGACCCUUUGGGCAGCGAACUGUACGAGCUUUGGAAGGAGUAUGAAGAGCUUGAAACAGUGGAGGCGAUCUACUGCAAGGACAUCGACAAAUUUGAGAUGGUUGUCCAGGCAUUUGAGUAUGAGAAAGAGCACCUGAAACCAGCUAGUGAGGUGGGAAAUGCUGAUCCCCAUCGGAAUUCCGUGCCUUCUGAUCCAGAGUCUGCACUGCCGACGGUUUGUGAGGAGCCUUUGCGGCGUUUCUUCAUCAGCACAAAUUCCGCGAUGAAGACACCUCUCUUUCGACGGCUGGAUCGGGAGCUUCGUGAGAGGCGUGAGGUCAUGCUGAAGGAACGUGGUUGGGCCGCAACUGCUGAUGAACAGCAAAAAGACUUACAAUCGCCGUAA